UCAUAAGUCACGCCUUUAUACGCAAAUAAGGUCAUGUGAUUAUAAUUCCUACCAGUCAUUGGGUUAAUAUUGUGUUUAUCUUCAACCAAAGCCACGUGAGUAAUUCAUCCAUUAUCAGACUAGCUACGGUUGCAAACAAAUAUUGUUUACGACGCCAUUUCUUGGAGAUAUCCUUGUCACAUACGUACGCGUCAGUGGUUUAUUCUUUCUUUGGAUCAAUGCCUUUGUAUAUCGCAAUGAUAUGAAACUUUAAUUUAAUUUGAAAGGGAUGAAAAAGAGGGAGGAAGUUAGAUAAAAUUUGCUAUCACUGGCAUUGCCAUGGCAAUUAUGUCAACAAUGGAGUGACAGAAACACCCAUUCGUUCUAUUGAGUGCAUUGAUUAUUGAAUAUUUGAUCGAUUGAUUAUUGAUAACAUUAUAUUAACUGAUCAUUUAACAGGUAUUGGAAAAUGCCGAGCCAUAUUGUUGGCAGUUGGUUUCCAACUGGUUUUCAUGGACAUUUCCGUAAUAAAACCCGAAAUGAUUUUGUGUGUGAAUACAGGAUAUUAGCAAAACCUCAGCCACCAGAAAAAUUUCUUCGAAGAUCAGUACAACCAGGAAGUAAGAAUGUAUUUUCACAUCAUGAUAACAGACAUUCUUUUUUGAAUGAUGCUAUGAUAUUUGAACAGGGUCUUGGUCGAAAGAGAAUACAAAACUCAACGUAUGACUUUAAACCAAAUUUUAUUACCUGGAUGCCCGAGAAGGAAUAUGUGGAAAGAAUGCGGCCAUUACUCUCAACUUAUCACAUAGAUUACAAAAGGGAACAAAUUCGUCCAUCCACACAACUAUUAGUGGAACGGCCAAAAACAUCUUUUGAUUGUACACCCACAACAACGUAUAGAUAUUCCCAUUGUAGUGCAUCCCCAAAUCAGAAUAUGAUUAAUGCAAUGAAUAAUGAAGCGUUAAAGAUAACAAAACAACAUCAGAUACAGAGAGCGAAAUCAGCAAAAGCAAGGGUUCGAGAAUCUGUAGCAAGCUGUUUAAGCUGGUAUAACCCCCCACACCCACCUACUAGCCCUAAAGUUGGUGUCCAAAUAGACUGUUUGUCUCCAGAAAAAAUAGAUCAAAAUCCAACGUUGGAGCAGCCUGUUGAAAAUUGUACGGCUUCAACAAAUGUAGCAGUUUGUAAUAAUGAUGACAAUGGAGAGUAGUUUCCUUUUUCCAAAGAAUCAGGAGCUAAACAUAGAAUUUGUACAGUAAAUCGUUAUCAAUGGCUAGUAAUCUCCCUUUAGUCUUCAAGUUUUGUUCUGAUUUACAUGCAAUAUGACAUUGGAGUUAUUAUUUUGCUCAUUCUUGGAUAUAGAGCAAAGCUGAUUCCUUAUUUGCUAUAUAACAGAUAUUAUCAUAAAUAAAAGUUAAAUGGUGUAGGCUUUCCUAACUGAAAUAAAGAAUAAAUAGAUUUGCCUCCCUUUAGUCUCCAGAAUUCUCUUGAUUUCCUAAGGUAGAAGAAUAAUGAUAUGUUCUACAAUAAUAUUAUUUUCAUAGCAAACGAAAACUCUCUAUUUUUCAUUUGGGUUUUUUAUAAUGGGAAAUUGGGUUUGAAGGUCAAUUGAUUAAAACUUAUUAUUUUUUGUUUUUAUUAAUCAACAACUCCUUCCGAUUUCAAGGUUACAGAAAAAUAAAAAAAAGUAGAAAAUAAUUAUUUUAAAUCUUGCUUAUCUGUGAUGAAAAUAAUGCAAUAAUUUGUUAAUGAAUUACAUGACUUUUUCUUUUUUAACUUUUAAUUUGUUACAUUUUGAUAUAUAUGUAUAUAGUUUUAAGAUAAUAUUGAUUAGACUGCUGAUUAAAUUUGCAUAAACUUCUUUCUUCUAUAUUUAUACCAUUUUGACCAGCUCUUGGCCAAAAUAUAAAAUUCACAACACUUUAUACUGUUAUGAGACAUACAAAAUGUAGGCAGUCAGCUUUGAAAUUAUUAUACACCAUAACAUUAAUUUUUUUUUUAAGAAAAAGCGACACAAAUUACUGAUAGGCAUGAACCAGUUUUCCAUAGCAACCUAAAAUGGCACAUUUCAAGCAUUUCUGAUAAUGUUUUGCCUUUGAGAAUUGGGAAACUAAAGACAAUUAUGCUGAAGACUGAAAAUCAUAACACAAAAAUAUUUAAAUGUUUGGUGCCAAUCUGAAAUAUAGAUUGUAUGACAUACAUUUUAUUUAGUCCAAGCUGCUCAUAUUUAUUGCUUUGUGUUUAAAUUUAACCUUAGUUUUCUAUUUUUUUAUAAAGGACUGUAUGUGGUAUACUUUAUUUUAGACUGGUGUUGGACAUUAUAAAGUUUUGGGAAGGCUUAUAGCUUAAGUUAAACAUACAGCCCUCAGCCCCUCACUCUAUUUCCAGUACAUGUUUUCCAGAUACAGUUUUCUGUGACCCAGGGGCCUGUUUCACUAAAUUUUAACUAAGAUAAAAUCCAAAUUUUAGUAAUUUGAUUGGAUAAUUUUAGAUUGGUUUUAGUGCUUAGCCAAUCAAAAUUGAAGUAUCUACUUAAAUUUGGAUUUUAUCUUAAGUUAAAAUUUCGUGAAACAGGCCCCUGGUGGAUAGCUGGAAACUUGAACUAAGUUGAACUGGGAAAUAUUCUAAAGAAACAUAUAUUAAUGUUAAUCUUAAUUUCCAUGUAGUCAGCAUUAUAUUUUAUUAAACUGCCAGUUUAUUUUGUAUCAGAAUUAAGAACGAAAUUAGUUUACCUGUAUGUACAGGUACUAAUAAGAAAUUGUAUGUUAAUCCAAUAUAAGUGCUUAAUAUUGAUGAGGUUCAUUGGGAAAAAGGAAUGUGUAAUAUGUAUCCCAUUCAUCAAAAUGCACCCCAUUAAUAAAACAUUUAUGGAGUGUGCAUUGCAUUAGUCAGUACCUAAUAGAAUUUUUAUUCCAUUAGUAUGUGUAUUUCAUUUCUCACAUAUGGAUGGAAUGUGUAUACCAUUGUGGGUGUUUAAAAUAUAGGCGUACUUAUUCAUAAGUAAGUGUAAUAUGUACAUUUAGUUCACUGCCUUAAAAUCUUAUUGGAUGGCUAUAACUUUCGAAAUUCUAAAAUGACUUUUUUUGCCAAAAUCAUUUUUCAAAAGCCAUAACAUAAGUAAUUGGCUUGCCAGAAUGACAAGAGAACCUCUAUUGUUGUGAUUAAGAUGACUAAAGAUAAGUAAACUAUGGCUGCUUCAUCUUUGCAAAUAUUUAUCACUUGUGCUAUCUUAGAUUUCACAUUUAUUUACAUCUAGUAUAUUUUUUCGUGUUAUAAUCACAACUAAACUAUUGUAGAUAAAUCUGAAUAUACCUGCACAGCUAUGUUUUUGUUCUAUAUACCCGAACCUUACAAAUUCAUUAUUCCAGAUGAUUGUAGUUCAUAUUUUAUCUCCACUAGUAUUGAUAAAAUAUCACUAAAUUUGUAUACAUUGUCAUGCAAAGAUUUUUUUUCUCCAGUGUAUUUAAAAUACGAAGUGCAUUGUUGAAUGAAAUGGACACACAAACAGACAUUUACACAAUCAAUGGCUUUGUCCAGAAAUUUAUUCGUUGUAAUCGAUGUGGAGAAUGAUCAGGACUCAAUGUCAAACAUGAUAUUAAUACUAUUCAACGAAUUUUUAAAACCAAUGAAAUAUUAAAUGAAUCCCGUUUUUAUUAAUGGCACCAUCAAUACAUUGUUUAACCUUUAAUUUUGUCAUAAAUUUUGUUAUUAAAAUUAUAUAAAAAACAUACCCUGUUUGUGUAAUUAUAUAUCAAUAAUACAAAUAUAAAGAAAAUCUACCUCAAUGAGGCAUUAUGUAAGGUUGAGAUACAAACAUUUGCUUUUCUUGCUAUAAUAUUUCAAAUGAAAUGAAUAUACUAAAAAUUUCAAGUUAUGAACAUUUGCAGCUGUGACAAUAAAAAGUCCAAAUUGUAUCUGCUGAUUGCCAAUUGAGUUGCCCAAAUAAUAAACAGUCUCUAUUUUCAUUCCUUCAAACCACAGUCUGCAUAAAAGGCGGCCAUAUUAUAGUUUAAAGAUGAUGGACAUUGUCUAAUCCACUCAAUAUUUAAGCCAUUGGAUAAUGUAGAGGGUUAAGUAUGGGCUUGUCAUGUGAUAAAUGUCUAAAUAAUAAUUUAUAUAGCAGUUAAAGCCAGUAAAAAGACUGCAACAGGCAGAUAUAACCUUGUAUAAUGACUCUUUAAAUGUAAUGGAAAUCGAAUUGGGACCUGUUUUUUCACUGUGGCGAGUGUCAUGAGGUUAGUUUCAACAAUUUUAAAAUAUAUGCUUUUUGAAAUUACCCUAUGAAAGAUCCGUUUGAUCAACAGCAUUAUUAAGAUAUAUAUUGUUAAACAUUGUUAACCAGAUUUAGAAUAUGCAAAUAAAAUAAUAUGUUCUGUGUAAUUAAUAUCUGUACCACUGUAUAUUACUAUAUGAUAAUUUGUUUAUUGUUUUCAUAACCAUAGAAAUGGAAGUUACCAUAUGUUUGUCUCAAAAUGAUUGAAUUAUUUUGUUGACCAGAUAUUGAACCUUUUUCCAUUCCAUUACUGUCUUGAUUAAUAUUUUUGUUAAUUUUUUUAAAAUUACAAGUCAAAAAUAAUAAAUUUAUUAUCUAAUGCCA